AAUCGAUAGCUUCCUGAAUAAGCUAAAGAGUCACUUGGGCUGCAAAGAUGUUGGAAGAAGAUAUGGAGGUGGCCAUCAAGGUGGUGGUGGUAGGAAAUGGAGCUGUUGGAAAGUCCAGUAUGAUUCAGCGAUAUUGCAAGGGGAUUUUUACAAAAGACUACAAGAAAACUAUUGGUGUAGAUUUCCUGGAAAGACAAAUCCAAGUUAAUGAUGAAGAUGUCAGGCUGAUGUUAUGGGACACUGCUGGUCAAGAAGAAUUUGAUGCAAUAACGAAGGCCUACUAUAGAGGAGCCCAGGCUUGUGUUCUUGUGUUUUCUACAACUGACAGAGAGUCCUUCAAAGCAAUCCCUACCUGGAAGGAGAAAGUCGUGGCCGAAGUUGGAGACAUUCCCACAGUUCUUGUGCAGAAUAAGAUUGAUCUUCUUGAUGACUCUUGUAUAAAGAACGAAGAGGCAGAAGCACUGGCAAAGAAGCUAAAAUUAAGGUUCUACCGAGCAUCCGUAAAGGAAGACCUAAACGUAACAGAAGUUUUUAAGUAUUUGGCUGAUAAAUAUCUUCAGAGGCUCAAGCAACAAACAGCAGAAGAUCCAGAACUAGUACAUACAAGCAGUAACAAGAUUGGUGUUUUUAAUACAGCUGGUGGAAGUCACUCCAACCAAAAUUCUAGCACUCUUAAUGGCGGAGAUGUCAUCAACCUUAAACCAAACAAACAGAGGACCAAGAAAAACAGAAGUCCUUUUAGCAACUGCAGCAUACUUUAGACUACUUUUGAAAGAAAAGAAAACCAGCCCAGUGAAUUGGAUGAAGUUGUGCAAUUGAGUACAGAAUAAAGCCAGCUGUAGAGGUAUUUUCACCAGUGCUUUAGCAAAUCUUGUGCCUAUCGGAUCCUUGAAAGAGGGUGGAUUUAUGUAAACUUGCUGAUGCAGUGGGUUUUGGUGUGUAGAGUGAGACACCUGGUGGGAAAACACAGAACCGUGGCUGCCCUGUGCACUUCGUAAAAAUUA